AUCAAGUGAGGUACAAUCUUACUUGGAUGUAUAAGCUCAAGUACGACUUUAGCCGGGCAAAGUCUCGGUCGUUUCAUCUUCCACAGGAUUUCGAGCUGUUCAUAACUGGGAGCCAGGCCAACUGCAGAGGGAAAAACCACAUCAUCACAACUGACCUAAAGGUUGGCGUAGUCUCUCUGUGUGUGUGUGUUUUUCGGCCUGUGGGCGCGCAUGGAAAUUAUUCCUGGACUACUCAGGCUGUUCUAAAUAUCGCCUUAGUUACGCCAUGAUGAGGCUUUAGGAAGACGUAAGCUCCCAUCUUCCCAUCAAACCUUUUUUUCCCUUAUAGUUUUACCCUUUGUACUUUGUUGUUGAUAUCUGAAGAGAUUGUUCGGUGUUAUCCAUCGUCUAACAAAUGGUGAUAAGUGACGAAAUCGCUGAUCUGUACACCUCUUUGCUUGAAGGCACCCCACAGGAGAUUGUGGAGUCAUUGAGGGCUGAGUAUGACAAACAACAGCCGAAAACUGUCUCAACGAGUGACAUCGCCCUGAUCCUCUUAACGAACGCCUUGACGUUUGAUGGUAAAACGGGAGGUGAGCUGCUGGAAUACGUUCAACCAUUCUCGGACUGUUUAACUGAUGACGAAUGUAUCAUCCCGUUGGUUGAUGACUUUUAUCAAAGGUUCAGCGCUUUGAGUGACGAUACUUGUAAUCUCGUUGAGCCUGACUUGUGUGCUAUCAUUCUACUGUUUGUUGACGAAACUGGUGAUCUGACUACCGGGACGUUGAUAUUAGAAAUACUGGAGAGACUUGUCGAAUCUUCUAAACAGAACAUGGCAUCGCUCUCGGAAUCACAAGACUUUAUUGAUACACUGUUAAAGCCCAUGAGAGGACCUGAAGUCAACGAUAACAUCCUUCGAAGACUUGACCUCUUAUCUUUACUUGAGUUGAAGCCUGCACAUCUCGUUCAACUCGUGAACGCUGCACUGGAGUUCAAAGACUCCGGUGUCGGUAACUUGUACACGGAAAGGUUGAUCCGUUUUGCUCAUAAGAAAGAUGAUUCCCAUAUACAACUUGACACUUCAUCUGUAACAUUUCAGUUAUCUUCAGAUACAAUAUUCAAGUCUUUCACUAUACAGAUGUGGAUAAAUUUCAACAACAUUGACGAGCAAAGCAGACAAUUCUUAUCCAUUGAUGGUAGAACCAAUCUCAAAUUAGAAGGUUCCCAGAUUUCAGUGUAUCACAAGGAUACGCUCAUUGGUAGUUUUGACUCGUAUGAAAUUACUGAGAACAAAUACUACCACAUUGUCUUGAUCCAUAAGUCUUCCUCUAGUGGAGAUAGAUUAAGAGCAAAGUUGAACUUAUAUAUUAACGGUGACUUCAUUCAAUACAUUCGUUGUCCUUUCCCCUUUGCAGAUGAUGAAGCCAUCUUGGACAAAAAACACAGAGAAUUUGCUGUCACUUUGGGAUCUUCGGACUCUAGUCUUGACGUUGCAUGUUUGAACAUAUUCUCUGGGUCCCUACCCUUUGAAUGGGUUGCACUUUCGUAUUACCUGGGACCAAACUACAGAGAUCUGUAUCAAGACGAUGAUUUGGUGAGGUUCCUAAACUACCAAGGCAGAGCAUGGUUCAACUUGCAUCUACUUGAUGCAUCGACACUUUCAAAUUCAGAAAUUGACCUCACAAAACUUGAACUCCAAGUACCAAAGCAUGAUAGGCUUUUGAACUUCAAUGUUGAUACUUUCCGCUCGCUGCACUUUCAAACGGACGGGCUUAGACUUUUGUCGGAUAGACACACUGUGAUUGGAAAGGUGUUGGUUUAUAAAAGCGUUGAUGUCUCGGAAACUUUCUACUCAAUAGCUGCUUUGAACCUUGUUUUCAUGCUGAUUGAGAAAGCCUCAUCUAUGAAGUCACUUUACCAAGCAGUACAGCUUUUGCUGGAAUUGGUUGACACUAACUGGAAACUGAUCAGAGAAAUGGAGUAUACUAAUGGCUAUAGCCUUCUCGGAACAUUGUUAAAGGCUAAAAAGGUAGAGUUCAAACGGACAUUUGACAUAGAGUUCUUUGACCUCCUACUUGGACUAGUUGGUUACAACUUCCACAACCCAUUUAAUUCCGUGAUCAUGAACGAACUACUCUAUGAACAAGUGGUGCUGGACUUUUCUCUGUGGAAAAGUCUUCCGAAUGAAGAGCAUGAAGGUGAUUUGGAAGUUCUCAAAUUCUUGAAUUUCCAGGUUAUUGCUUUCGCUAAGGAGUGCAAGUACAACUCCUUCAAUAUUCAGAAGAUGAAAAAAAUCAAGUUGGUUAAGAGAUUCUUAGGUCACUUGAUCCAGGGUUCCUUCCCUGAGAAAGUCAAAGAAGAGUUGCAAGAUGCUCUUUGUUUGGUUGUCAGAACUCAUAUGUCUGUUGAUACUGUGAAGAAUGUGGCAUCAUUCAUCGUGUACUCUCUUAACGAGAAGCAUGAAUCUAAUGCUAUACUUGGUCUCAAUGUCUUGGCCAGUAUCUACCUUGAUACUGGGUUGGUGAACGGUUAUCAUUGGAAAAAGCUCUUCAGUCCUGUCAACAUGAAGUACAUUUUUUUGUUAUUCCAACUAGGAAAGAAGAACAAAACUGUUGUUGAUUGUGCACUGACUCUAUUGGUUAAGCUCUUUCUGAUGUCUAGCCAGACACAUGAUGUCUUUUUGAAGAAUAACGGUGUUCAUAUUGUUCUAGCCCUGAUGAGAGAGAUCAAAAUAGAUGUUGAGAUUGACAUUCUUAUCAAUGGGUCUUUUGGAAAAUACCAAUCAGAUUUGAUAUUUUCAAGACUAGAUAGAGAUGUCUCGAUGGCAAAAUUCGGGCAGGUGGUAUUCCCAGAAUUACAUCAUUUGAUACUGGACCUUCUCGAGUGGACUGUGCUUAACGAUAUCUUCCAAACUGAUGACCACAGUGAUACGAUUGCUCAAAUUGAUGGAUAUACACGAUUCCUUGAUAAGGCUUUUGAUACAAACGCAAUCUUUUCUGGUGUAUUUGGACAUGACAAAGCUUUUAUCAAGAAGCUUUGUAACUUCGUCCUGCUGUUGAACAAAACAAGAAACGCUGGUAUUUACUUUGACUCUUCCGAUAGGUUGAUUGAGGUUAUGGCUUCGAGGGUUCUCUCAAAAUUGCUCAACAGUGAUCUACAAGCAGUUGAUGCCUACCUUAAUGAGAUUUUACAUGAUCCAGAAAACCCUGCUGACUCUGUUACGCCGGUUGUUUAUCUAGCACUUGUCUUUCCAAAAGUGUUGUUCCAUUUGUCAAACUUUUCGUCAGAAUUUGAGACUUUGCUUAGAGCUGACUCGAUAAAAUUCUCUAACAUUGCUCUCUUCUUGAACCUUUUGUAUCCUGAACUUUUGACAUUUGAAUGGUCUGCGAAAGAUUAUUUCAACUAUAUCUCUGUUGUGCUAACUAUCGUUGAAGCAUAUAAGAAGUCGGGGAAGAGUCUAAAGAACUCCCAAUUUAUUCAAUUACACAAGAAUAUCACACCAAUAGUGAAUUGUUUGGUUCUGGUGUUGAAGGAUUCCGAAUCAACUGAACAACAACACAAGUUUUUGAAAGUGCUAAUGUUCCAUCAGGAGAAUCUUUUUGGAAGUGGAGCUAUGUCGAGUGAUGUGGCGAACAUUAUUUGCUUGUUGCUACAAAUUGCCAUGCUCACGGAUCCUGCGGUGUCUUCGCUGGCUUUGAACUGUCUUCGUAUCAUCCUUAUGCGCUCCCAAGAUCAUCUGUCUUCAGUGUGUUCUUCAAUCACUUAUAUCAGUCAUGGCACAGCAUUAAGAUUCUUACGCAAUGUCAUGACUGCAAGUGAUGAAGAUAUUCUGUCAAUGUAUAAGGAAAACAAGAAGGUAUCUGAUCUUUUCAGCAAUCACUUGGAGGCUAUUGUGAGUAAAGUUACUCGAAAGUUCAGCAAGGAUGAUUUUGUAACUGUUGACGAGAAACUACAGACCCUUUCCUCAAGGCAUGAUGAUCAGAUAAAACAAAAGUACGAAUCUAUUGAUAAGAUCUUGCCGAUAUUGGAGAAUGAUAACGAAAUCUUACGACAGAAGCUGGUACAUGCGGAAACAACUAUGAUUGUGAAGUAUCUCAAAGACCAGUACGAUGUUAUACAAUUUCACCUCAUUUCUUAUAACAAAAUGAAAGUGGUUGGAAACAAGAGACUGGGCUUAUUCUUUGGUACUUAUACUGGUCCUUCUUCGUGGAUUCUUGGGUCUAUGGAGGGAAUCGACAGAAUGAGAAAGAAGCUCUUACCAGUUGAUGAUUUGAAGAUUGUUCAGCAACUGAAAAACAUCAUCGAUGUUCCUAUGAAAAAGUUGAAUGACUCAGAAGCCGUCCAUGAACAGCCUCAUGUCGAAGCACUGAGUCUUAAUUCGUUUGACAUGGUGGAAGAAGAUGCCAUCGAGGAUUCUAUGAACAACUACAAUGACCGUAACAGAAAGGUUUUGAAGAGUCUCUUCUAUGGGGACAAGAUUGUUGAAAUCUGGAACGUGAGUCGUAUUAUUGGUCUUGAGAUUGAUGAAGGUAUCCUUAUUUUGGGGCAGGCUCAUAUCUAUUUCAUCAAGAGCUAUUUCCACAAGGCAGAUACUGAUGAGAUCAUUGAUCUUGAAGACGCUCCAGAGAAUGAGAGAGACCCUAAUGUCAAGUUAAUUGCUGGUCAAAAUGACAUAACCACGCGGACUGCUAGCACUGAGAAGCACACCGUUCGUAGUUGGGUUCUUGAGCAGCUGACAUCUGUUACCAGAAGACAAUUCCUUUUCCGUGAUAUGGCAUUGGAGAUUUUCUUUAGUAACGGUGCGAGCUUGCUUAUUACAUGUGUUCAUACGCGUGAAAGAGAUUCAAUCUUUUCAAAAAUAUCAAGUGUUGCUACAAAUUCCAACAUUGAUAAUGAUCUUUCAGCCAUCUUGAAAGAAACGAAUCUCACCAAGAAUACCUCCAAGACUUUGGGGUCGAAGAUCUCUAACGUCUUCCAUUUCAGUUAUGAUAUUCUGGAUGCCACUAAGAAAUGGCAAAACGGUGAAAUGUCUAACUUCUACUAUCUGGUCAUUAUCAAUACACUGGCAGGAAGAACUUUCAACGAUCUUACCCAGUAUCCUGUUUUCCCGUGGGUCAUUGCUGAUUAUACCAGUGAAGAACUGGACUUAACCGAUCCAAAGUCAUUCAGAGACUUUUCCAAACCUAUGGGUGCACAAACCCCACAAAGGGCACAACAGUUCAGAGAGAGAUAUGAAGCUUUGGAAAGUCUUCAAGAUGACAACUCACCUCCUUUCCAUUAUGGUACUCAUUAUUCUUCUGCUAUGAUUGUUGCGUCAUUCUUGAUCCGUUUAGAACCAUUCGUGCAAUCAUUUUUGUUGUUGCAAGGUGGAAAGUUCGACCAUGCUGAUAGACUAUUCUAUUCGAUUGAAAAGGCUUGGAAAUCUGCAUCAAGUGAUAACACGACUGAUGUUAGAGAAUUAACACCUGAAUUCUUCUUCCUUCCUGAAUUCUUGACCAACAUCAACGGUUAUGACUUUGGUUGCUUGCAAGAUGGCACGCCUGUUAACGAUGUUGUGUUGCCUAAAUGGGCUAAGGGAGAUCCUAAGAUCUUUAUUGAAAGAAACAGAGAAGCUUUAGAGAGUCCGUAUGUUUCUGCUCAUUUGCACGAGUGGAUUGAUCUCAUAUUUGGUUUCAAGCAAACUGGACCAAAAGCCGUUGAAGCUAUCAAUGUCUUCAACCACUUGAGUUACCAAGGUGGUAUCGAUUUAGAUGCCAUCAAUAACGAUGUUGAAAGACGAUCAAUCAUUGGUAUUAUUCACAAUUUCGGUCAGACACCUGCUCAAAUCUUUUCAAAGCCUCAUCCUGCUAGAGAAACAUCCACCCUGUUAAAAAUUGAUCCAACAGUUGUAAAGAGGACACCAUUCCUGCUCUACCAGACGAAAUUUAAUGAACCUAUUCAUUAUCUUCAAUUCAAAGUCCAAGGUGAUGUUUUAGCUGAUUCCUUUUGGAGAGGCUAUCCAAAGUUAUAUCUGAAUGGAGAGAUUGAAGUUAAAAGAGGACGAUGUGAAGGUUCUCUUGUUAUAAAUAGGAAGACCUAUGAAAACGUUCAUGGUGAGGAAAUCACAGCACUUGCGAGACUUAACAAGGAUAUGUUCAUCACAGGCACAAAGAGUGGAAGUAUUCAUGUUUGGAAAUAUGUUGUUGUUGUGAAGGGUUUCAAAGAAGAGUUACAUCUUGAUACUAAAUUCAUGGUUCAUCUUGAAAGUAUAAAAGAACUCAAGGUGUCACCAGAGUUCAACACAUUGUUGAGUUUAGACGUUUCUGGCCGUUGUUAUGUCUGGAAUACUGCAAGACACAUGUUUAUCAGACAAAUUGAAACCACUGCUGAUCAUAUCGCAAUUGCAUAUGACAGUGCACUUAUUGCCACCUCGCUUGGCACUACCGUUGAGCUAUACAACAUCAAUGGUUCAUUCAUCUGCCGCAAGACCUUUGACUCUGUUAAUGGUACCAUCACAGCAUUGAAUUUCGCCAACUCACGUACUGUUUCCACCAUCAAGAUUAACAACGUUGAGAGCCAUGAAUAUUGGAAGCAUAUAGCUAUUUUAACCACUGGUUGGUCCAAUGGGGAAAUUCGUGUUGAUGAACUCGUUAUUGAAGAGAACGGUUGGAAUCUUGUACAGAUGUGUGAGUUAAAAUUCGCAGAUAGCAAAGAGUUCAAUAAUAAAACUGGAAGAGUGACCAUUGUUGAAAGUUAUUUGAAGAGUUUUGUCGAUUAUGAAGAAACGAGAGGGGGUAGAAUAGAGGUUGUUGCUGGUGAUUCUCUUGGUAGAGUUGCGGUUUGGAGAUGAAUGAUGCAAACAAAGUACAAAACAUGACUAGUACAAGCAAACUAAAAGACAUAUAUAUUAUAUAUAAAAGCAAAUCAUUAGAGCUAAUAUUUCAACUUGCAUACUUUGAGUCAAAAUGCGACAGAGUCAUACACUGGUGGCAUGUGUGUGUUUAAAUCAAGUUGUUCCUCCCCAUCUAUCGUAUGCGAAUAAGCCUGUACCUGUCAGCAGGAUACCAAAGAAUUGAAGUGUCGUAACUGGGUUCCCAGUGUAAAUCAUACUGACCACGAUGACUGUGAUUUUUUUCAUCAUACUGGCAAUAGAAUAGCUCACUGCUGGGAUUGCACCCAAGAGGUGGAACACUAUGAGUGAUUGUAAGAAAUGAGAACACCCAUUAAUCAUUAAUAGCCCCCAAGGAAUGGUAACUAGAUGUGCCUCUGUGAUAUCCUCCUCAGCUGCCGUUAACCUUAAGAACUGUGGUGCCUCGAUGUACAAGAACCACGGU